UUCCUCAAAUAAUACACACUUGUUCUUCGAAAGGAAGUCGGAUCGAGUGUGUUGGAAGUCUUUUGCAGGAGUCCUUUAGCAGUAACUCGAAUUAAUCACUAUUAUCCAUAAUUUUUAAAAUCUAUAAAUAGUCUUAGUAUGUACUGACCUAGUCAGAGAUGAAAUAACGUAUCAGCAAAUUCAUCGAUUUAUCGCGAUUCAUAGAGCAGCAGGACUAAAACUGAAUAUCUACGCAGAAAAAAUAAAAUGUCGUCGUGGUCGAAGAAAGCUGGGGCCAGACGACCACCACCAAAACACAGUGGAGGAAGUGUCUCGAAACCUCCCAGACCAUUUCGAAGAACACCAUAUCCAAUGAGGGAGGACAGAAAAGAUGAUCAUCCAGAAUCUGACAGCUUUGAGAGCUUAGAGGAAGGGAUUGAUUUCUCUGGCACUGCAGACUAUGAGCAUUCACCGCAUCAGUCAACUGCUGUUUCACCUGAAGAAUAUGAGGCAACAGUUCAACGCAAUGCCAUAUACGAGAGGUUCUUCCAGCAGCUGCAUGGAGAUGGUGCUAGACAGCCUGCAGACUGUGUCGUCUUGUCGGUGAACAACCAGAAUGUGGAUUACCCCAAAUCGAUAGGCCAGUGUUUGCAGGAACGUGGCCUCUCGGUGGAAAUGCUUUACCUGCAGGUGGAAUCAGGCCUGACGCGGGCCCUCCAAGAUGUCCGCUCCGACGGUUCCCCCUUAUGUAUUCUCGUCGAGCAGACUAAUGUAACACUCUCCUCGUGCACAGUAAUCAUAUUUUCAGAGUCCCUCAAAAUUCAUCGAAAUAUGCCCAAAGAACAGGCCUUGGAGUUUGUGUUGGUGGAGUUCAGGCGCUUGAGCGGUUCGCAGCGGGUGCUGGACCCCACGGAGGCUGCGGCACGGGCGGCUGAGCUGACGGAGGACUAUCUGGUGCGCAGCAAGCUGGAGCGGCACACUGUUCCCUCUGCCACCCGCCACCUGCUCUUUCUCCUGGCCGAAGGUUUGCACCUGUACCCAGAGGAGCUCAACACACUGACAGAGUAUCUUCAAAACCGCCAAGACCAUCUGCAAGUAACUUCCGCAGAGGUGGGCAGUAAUGUUGCUCCUGUAAUAAACAGCCUGCCUCCAGGGUUAGGAAAACCCCCACCACUUCUGCCUGCUGGAGCUGGACCACCACCAAGAGAGCAGGCAAACCCACCCUCAGGGUCUGGAGAUACACCCCCAGGCCAUCACAGGGGGUUGCAAGGCUCAUAUCCCAAGACGAAACCACCUCCUUUGCUUUCAAUGCAAAAUCUAAAGCCACCUUCCCACAGAUCAGCUGCCCCCCAUAGUCUUUUACCCUCUCGGGCCUCUUCAGUCUCACACAGUUCUUCAUUUAGUCCCCCAUCUAGAGGGCCAGCAGCCCCUCAUAGUCUUGACAAGCCACAACCUCUUCUAGGCCUAGCACCUACACAUGGGCCAUCCUCCACCCGUGCCCCUCUUCUUGACCAUGCCCCUCUGCUUGAAACACCUCUUGGUUUCCCGUCGUCUAGAGGACUGUUGCAGCAUCCGGGGUCUCAUUCAUCACGCGGGCCACCAUUGAUGUGUGGCCCACCGCCGCAGAAUGGACCCCAGGGUCCUAGAGCACCACCACCUUCACUCAGGAGCCUUCAUAUGGGAGCCCCAACAGGUCCUCGCCCACCACGACGCCUGCUCCCUUGAUUCUCUCAGGACACCUGAUUAAAUCAUAGGCCAGUAUUGCCACGUGGGACAGUUGUUAACAUUCUGGACUUAGGCUUCUGUGUUUUCUUUCAGGAUCCUAUGAGAUGUUUAAAGAUGUACUGGUAUGGAAAAAAGCCUCAGUUGUGUUCUCUUUAUUUCCACAGGUGUAAGCUAAUUUUUAGAAUAAAUGUGAAAAUUUUCAGUGGCAUAAAUCUGUGAGAGAUGUCUUUAAAAAUCACUGUUCUCCAUACAACGAUUGAAUAUAUUCCAAAUACAGUUUUUGGUGUGAGGCAAUAAUAUGAGACUAUUCUGAAUUUUGGUAGAUUGUUGAAGGUUCUUGAUCUCCAGGAGCCAGAGAUUUUUAUUUUUUAUAAU